GCCCCGCCCGCCCCGCCUCCUGCGUGCCGCCGCCAUGGCGGAGCUGGAGCUGGGACAGCACUGCGGGGUACCCGAGUGCCACCAGCUCGAUUUUCUUCCUUUUGUAUGUGAUGGCUGUUCAGGCAUCUUUUGCCUUCAGCACAGGAGCCGGGAUGCUCAUGGGUGUUCUGAGGUGAAUAUAAGAAACAAUUCUCUGAAACCUGAUCAGCACAGAUCUUACCCAUGCUCAUACAAGGACUGCAAUGGAAAGGAGCUUUUGCCAGUGUUAUGUCCUUACUGUGAAAAACAUUUUUGUCUCAGACAUCGUCAUCAAUCAGACCAUGAAUGUGAGAAGCUGGACACACCAAAACCUCGAAUGGCUGCCACCCAGCAGCUUGUUCAACAUAUUAUAGAUUCUAAGAAGAGUGACGAAGUGAAAAGCAAAAAACGUAAAGGAGCAAAAAACAGUGAGACAGCAGCAAAAGUGGCAUUAAUGAAACUGAAAAUGCAUGCAUGUGGGGACAAGUCCUUGCCUCAGACAGAAAGAAUUUACUUUCAAGUAUUUUUACCAAAAGGAAACAAAGAGAAAAGCAAACCCAUGUUCUUUUGCAGUAAGUGGAGUAUUGGCAAAGUAGUAGAUUUUGCAGCUUCCUUAGCAAGCCUUAAAAAUGACAACAACAAAUCAACAUCCCAGAAACUGAGAUUAUGCCAUACUGCCUCUGGAGAAGCCUUGCCAUUUGAGCACACACUGGAAACAUGGCUAUCUGAUAAAGACUAUCCACUGUACAAUGGAGGGAAUAUAAUUCUGGAGUAUCUUGAUAAUGAUGUUCUGUUUAUAGAAGAUACAGAAUCCUAUUUUAGUUAGUCAGUAAAUUUCCACAAGCAAAAAAAAAAAAAAAAAAAAAAAGGCAGUAUUUUUUAGAAGCAUGGCAUUAAAGCAAGUCCAGUUUUCUUUUUAAAUCACUGGUAUGCCAGAAUGUCUUCCAUUGUAAAGACACAAUUCCCAUCAAUUUCUCAGUUGCUUGACUGACAGAAGAACUAUAUCCUGAAAAUAAAAUUAUAAUUAACAUUACAGAUAUUCACAUUCUUGAAUAAAUUAUUGCUCUAUUGAGCUGUAUAAUAUCAAGAAGUUUUUCUUAAAUUUGGUAUUUAUUUUUGUGUAAGGGGUGGAAACAGUAUGUCUUAAUAAAUAAUGAAAAUAUAAACUUGCAGUAUGACAGUUUUCUGGAGGAAAGAAACAUAGUAUGAUAAUGCAGCAUCUUUUCUACAUCUACACAAACAGAUUUGAUUGUAUUUGGGAACCAGCACUGUCCAUACACCAGGUCCACAUUUUCUUCUUGUAAUAGUUUAAUGACAUUUAGGAGGAAAGCUUUAUGAAGCAAAAGUAAAUUCACUCAGGUGUCUUCCUGAUUGUAAAUCUUAUUGUGUGAUUAGGUGGGGGAUAAAAGAUCUCAGUAAGCCUGUCACUUAUUUUGCUUUAAGUAUUCUUUACUGUAGUUUUGACAUUACUUAGGUAUGAAUAAAUUACUUUACUGGAUGUGGUGGGGAUGUCAUGCAAAGGAAGAUGGUUUUGGUUUCCAUGAAGGAAAUGGUUUUCAGUGGCUGGAUAUUUUGGAAAUCUUUGUCUCCUGUCAGUGGGAAAGUACAGGAGCAUUUUUCUGCUUUCUCCUGCCUGUCUCUCCAGCUGUUAUCUUGCGUUCCAGUACAAGAGGAACAGUUCCCUUUUCCCUUGUUUCUAGUUUUCCUCCCUUUCAUCUGCAAUUGUCUAUUCAUCUUUCUUUUUAUCUUAGGCUGCUGUGGUACAGAAUAUACAGUAAAAGCCCAACCAGCACUGUGGAACCAGUGAGCUGGGAAGAGCCCAGCUCUUCCCCACUCUGUUUCUACAAAAGCAAGUGAAAAAUACUUUUGUGCAACAGGGUCAUUUCCCCUUUUUUUAGCAGAAAAUCUUCUGCUAAAUCUUCAGUAAUUUUCUGCUUACACCCUCCUGCCCCUGUAGGCAGGCAAAUAACUGAAAAUAGCAUUUGCAGGCAAAAUAACUGAAAUAACACUUUUUUGUGGAUAAAGAGAAGAUAGACUUGGGAUGCAGGAAGUAAAUCUUUGGGGAGACCUCAAAGGUUUUACCAGCACGGUUGCUUUCAUCAAUUGCCAGUAAUGGCUAAGGUCUAUCAGCCUGUAAAUGACAGAACAAACAUGGCAAGUCACAGUUGAUAGGACUCCAAAAAGUUUUCACUAUCAUCUUAUUCCAGGAAUGUGUCUAGGAUUGUACACAGAACCUCAUUCCAGGUAGUUUUCAGAAACUGAGAAGCAAAACCAAAUUAGUCUGACAGAUAAAUAAUUGAGAAGAGAUGAAAACUCCACUCUAAUCAAUGGUCAUUGGAACAAAAGCAGAAACUUUUCCAGACCUCCAGGAUCUUGCAUAGGUUAGAACUGCUCUCAUUUUACCUGUUUAGAUUCCAACGUAUCUUUACUUAGCAUUUUGUUUGUUUUUGUUUUUUUAAACUCAUUGUCUUAGCACAUUUUCCUACAGAAAGUUCAACAACUACAUUUGAAAAAAAUAAAAUAUUUCAGAGGAGUCAGUUCUCAUUUGAAACCACUGUUAAUUUUACAGGCCUGUGUUUAGAAGGUGCCGAAUUGUUUCACUUCUAAGUUAAUAAACAAAACUUUAACUUCUACUAGAUGCAAAAAAAAAGUAUGUAAAGUUAUGCAAGCAAGAAAAAGAUUUUAUCAAAAGAAAUACCUCCUGAUUUUACAACAAACUGUACUUUCAGCCAAACUACAAAAAUAGGUGAAUAUCGAGCAUUUUAGUU